CCCCCCGUGGUGGUACGGCUUGGAAACGCCAUGGCGCGGCAACACGCCUGGCUUUGAUGAUGGGUCAGAGAAAAGAAGGCGACACCAGCGCCGCGUCCACCGUGGACGGCCAGUCGCCGCAGUCACCACGCCUGUCACCCCGCCAAUCGCACCUGAACGUGCCGCCGGUUCCCUCCGAGUCGGAAGCCUCCAGUGAAGCGUCCGGCGAAGUGAAGCGACGGCGCCUGACCGUGGUGCGAGGCCAAAUCCCCGCUGAGCUGGAGGAGUUGUUGACGAAGCCUUUCUCAGAGGAAGAGCGUGAGCACAUCUUCCAGUCAGUGGGGUUAACCACUGUGCCGCAGCAGCUGGGAAAAGCUCCCAUCGCCUUGUGGCUCUUUGGGCCGCCUGCGGCCGGAAAGACCUCCGUGAGCGAGGAGGUGGAAGAGGAUUACUUUGGAGCCAAGGGAUUUGCCGUGAGCAUCGAUGGAAGUCACGUCAGGGAUUCUCAUACGGGGUUUCAGAAGGUGCUGAAGCAUGGCUUCGAUCAUCAAAUGAUCCACGCGGAUGCCUGGAGCAAGCUCAAAGCCACCAAGUAUGUCGAGCGGCUGAAGGAAGAAAUCUUCCAGCGCGCCGUCCAGAACCGUCAAAACAUCAAGAUCUGUGACGCCGCGCAGAAGCCCGAGCGCGUGAAAAAGAUGCUGAAGUCCCUCGAAGAUGCGGACUUCGAGUUGCACGCCAUGUGCUUGUGGGUCCCAGAGGUGGCGAUCCGCUCCCGGGGGCAGCACCGCUCGGCCGAGAGUGGCCGGGUGGUGUGUUGCUCUUCGACCUAUGCCAGUAGCUCCGACGCAACCUUGGCCCUGGCAAAGAAGUGGGAUGAACAGAUCCAAACGGACACGCAUUACAAAAGCCUUGUAUUGCUGGACAACACGCCGCGACAGCCUCUGCGGAUCUCGUUGGAGGAGUUCGAGUCCCGGACGCGUUGGUUGCCCGAGGAAGCGGAACGGCAUUACAUCGAGCUGCUGGCCGAACAGGACUGAGUUGUCUCAUCUCUGUGAGCCGCGAGCUGCAGAAGUAUGUCCACAUGCCAAUGCUAGGAGGACCUGUGGUUGAACGCCGUGGAUCAUUUGAGCACUGCCUUGCGUUCUAGCCCUGUUGGUUGAUGAUUGUAGGAGA